GGAGAUCUGAGCAAGUAAACACUGCAACGGCCGGAGACGUAGGGAACAGGGAGGGACAGGACACGGCGUUGGCCAUCCCUCAUAUCCGCGCUGUGUGAUCACGUAUGUAGUUGUUAUAAUCCAGUAACUGUACAACUAGUACGAACACACACACACACAGACACAACGUGCCUCCCGGAGCUGUGCCGUUUUACUGUUUUAGUGAAUCCACGCGCCAUCAAGCUACAAGAUGAAUUCGCAGGGCAGCUCCUCCAAAUGCCCAUCUUCUUCCUCACUUUCCACGCCAGUGUUUCUCCUCAGUGAGAGUGAACAGACAGAAGAUGAUGCAGACGUAUUUGCAAAGGAAAAAGGAGAAAGUAGAAUCAGCAAGGCCUGCACAGCUGAAAAAGACAGAGCACCUUCUGGACGUUAUUCUGAUUUACUUGCUCAUUCACAUCAGUUGCACACAUCCAGCGCUGACAACAAUCAGUCUAAACACUGUUCACACAAAACCAAGCAUCAUGAUUUACCAACUUCCCCUGGAGCUGCGACACAAGGAUCAUCAUCAGCCACGCCAGGAGACCUUAUCUUUGCUCAAAAGUGUGCAGAUUUACAGAGAUUUGUCCAUCCUCUGCUGGAGCUUCUACAUGGACUAAAGACUGGGCGGUUUCACAAAGGUUUGACCAGUUUCCAGCAGAGUGUUGCCAUGGACAGAUUGCACAGGAUUCUGGGGAUUUUACAGAAGCCUGAAAUGGGUGAGAGGUACCUCCAAAACUUAUUGCAGAUAGAGAUGAUGCUCAAGAUGUGGUUCCCUCAGGUGGCUCUUCAAUCAGCAGAUACCCCAAACCAGACCACCACUCCAAAACUUUCCCAUCGCUGGUGCCAAAAUCAACUACAUAUGCCAGUUAAGAAGCGAAAGAUGAGCUGGUCAGACCCUGACCAUUCUGGCACAGUCCCAAACAAGCAUAAGCACCUUCAAGAUGAAAGACAGGGGACUUUUCGGGCUGUGACUGCACUUGACACUGUGUCCACCUGUCUCCCCGGGUCGCUUAGAAAACACAAAGCACCUAAGAGACGAACAGUGGAACCGGCCGGGCCCAGUUGUGAGUUUAGAGACAGCACCGGCACGUCGAGCGCACUGUCCGAUUGGUGUUGCAAGAAGGAAAACGAGAAUCAAAAGCGGCCUGAGGUUUUUCCGCCUUCUCCUUGUGACAGCCUGGCUACACAGGACAGCUCUGUAUCCUCAAGCACCGCUCCGGCUGAUUCACCUUAGCUAUCCUCGGCUGACCUCGUAUCCACAUGGAGGUGCCACCGCACACUGGUCAGAGUGAAAGCAGAGGGCAGAUGUGAUUACAAGAACACAUUUAGGCGUAGUGCCAGGACGUGAUUAUUCGAGGGCACGUCAAACCAAAAGAGGAGGGGCAGAAAUUCAAAGACAUUCAUUAACCCCUGACUCUCUGGUGUGGCUCUUGCUUACACUGGAGUUAUUGCACUGCAGCACCAGGAACAUUACAUUGUACAGUGUGUAGUUUGACUAAGACCUUUGUACUUUGAGUUUUAUUAAGUUAAGAUUUUUAAAAUACCUUUCAUGUCUAACUAGUUGAAGCAACUUGUGCUCUGUUUUAUAUUUUUCACGUCAUAGAACCUCAUGCCAUUGAUGAGAAGCAGAACUAACAUAUACAGUUUUAUUGGACAAGAAUAAACAAAAGGGAUCAUUGGUACAGUUCGAGUCGAAGCUCUUGUUACAUAAAUUAGAAAAUAUAUCUGGACAUUCACUGUCGAUCAAAUAGUAAUUUAAAGAAACAUCACUAUUAGCUCUGGGAAACUUUACAAUAUUAAUACUAAAAAAAGCACACUAAUCAACAGUGAAAAUAUUAAUAGAUUGUUGUCUGAUGUUGUGAUUGUCUGUAUUUUUUUAUGCUUCUUUAUUGAAGUUUAAGCACAGUUUUAAAGAAAUGAGUUUACACAUUGAUACAUAAAUACAUGCCUAUAGAUGAACAUGAAUACAACAUAAAAACAAAGCUAAAUAAAUAAGUGGAUUAUAGUAAAAGAAAUUGCACAAAAGAUAGAGGUGUUUGUAGCCUCCCCCUGACCACUUAUUUACCACCAUUUAUUUAUUUAUUAAAUCGUGCUUAUUUAUAAUUCUCUCAGUUCAGUGUGAAAAAUUAAAAUGUAUAUUUUUUUCUUAAUUUGGACAGCCGGCUUAAAAUAGACAGCCAACCAGCUUAAAAUAAUUUCUAAUUUGUGUUAAAAUUUAUCACCAUUUUUUUUUUUUUUUUUUUUUUUUUAGCGGUUCCAAAUCAGUCAAUCACUGUUAAUUGAUGCAUUGGUUGAUUUUUAAUUCAUUGGUUGCAUCCCUUGUAUAGCUUCAAAUAAUAUUUCAAUCAUGUGCUUAAAUUAUUGAAAAGGGCUGCUACUAAAAUUAGAAAAUGUAUCACCUGAUUGUAAUCCUAUGGCAAUGCACAAGCAUAAAGCUGUUGCCAAAAAGUGCCAAAAAGUCAUCAGGGUAUUUAAAACACUGUGUAAGUAGUUGCACUUCCGCACAGGAAAUGCCAUGUCCUAAUUGAUUAUUAAUCAGUUUCAUUUUUGAGGAAAUACAAGACACUCGGAUGAAUGUUUAUCUGUCCAUUACUCCGUUAUACACACACAGUGAACAUCUUUUUUGUGGAUAAACACUUGAAAACACAUGCUCACAUUAUUACACAUAUGACUUUCCGGUAACUGUUUUUAUUUAUUAUGGAAAAGACAUGAUAAGGUAAAUUGUAAAUGACAUCUGAUGUCAAUGCACUUUGAGUGACUUAGAGAAAAUGUUACACAGCUAUCGCCAUCAGGCAGCUGUGAUAUUAUCCGUGAAAUAUCUGUUAAAGAAAAUUAGUACUUGAAAACAUGGAUUCUAACAGCGCAUUGUUAUGUGUUACUCCUUCAGUUCAGGAAAUUUAUACUGAAGACUUGCUUUGUUUUGUUGUAUUUGCUAUUUUGAAGCUCUGCUGAUAGAAAGCCUCGAAUGGCGUUAAAAGUCAAAUUAGGGAAGGAACAGCUCUGUCGCAGACGUAAAAUGGAUUUCUAUUAUUAACUUGCUGUUUUAAAUGAAUCACUUUAAGUGCUUUACUAUCAAUUAUAAGAUGAUAAAGAGUAGAAGGCUGUAGAGAGAAGUAUUUCCAUUCCUAAGCACAUCUUUCUGAUAGGAUGUAGACAUUGCACCACUAUAUUUCAGAUCAUUAGAUACAGUAUCAUUCAUGUUGAAUGGCCUUUCAGCUCUGGUGGUUUGUCACCAGUCAGCCUUACUCGACAAACUCUGAGGCAACCAGAAAUGCCAUGCCUGAACAAUAACUACAGCAUCCUUCAUGAAACAGCUUAUUAUUUCAGCUGCAGACAGGUUGAAUAAUGUAACAUUUAUUUAAAAUGGAAGUUGCAUCAAUGUGGUAAAGAACAAUGUUUAGUAGUGAUUUGCUUAUUUUGUGUAAAUUGCAAGUAGCACCUUAAAGUACAGUCUCACUGUACGAGAAUUGACAUUUUUCACUGGAGUAAAAGGAAAAAAGUUUAGAAUGAAAUCUCAUUUGCCUGUGAUAUGUCUUUAAUUUUUUCUUACAUUGUUUCCUUUUUAAAAGGGUAUUUCUGUAUGUUGUAAAUUGUCAUUAAUGGCAAGUGAUUGUUAAAUGCUAAUGUCUUCAUGUAUUAAAUUAAUGAUCUGGUUCAUUAA